AUGCAGUUCAACUAUAUUCUCGCUCUCAUUGGCCUAGCAGGCGUUGCCCUCGCUGUCCCUGCCCCGGACGCUCAGCCAGACAUGACAAAGCGGGCUGACGAGGCUCAAGCCAACACUCAGAACGGCCAGAAUGGCCAAAAUGGCCAGUGGUGGGGACCAGGCUAUUGGGGACACCCCUGGCACCCAUAUGGGCCAUACUACGGUGGUGGCUGGCACUAG